AUGAAGGGAGCUUUGGUUCUAGUAGCAGCAAUCACCAUUGUGAGAGCCGCGUCCAUUCCUCCUCUGACUUCCGGUGGUUCACAACUUUUCUACGCUAUCCCUCCUUCAGCUGCAUCUCCUUGGGCUCGUUCCACUGCACCAGCCGCUAUUGACACCUCUAGCGCUCCUGCCGGCUCUCAACUGACCUACGCUGCUGCUCCCUCAGUUGCCUCUCCCUGGGCUCGUGCUUCCAUUGCUGCUGUUGAUGCCUCCAGUGCCCCUGCCAGCUCACAGCUGAUCUACGCUGCUGCUCCCUCUGCUGCUUCUCCUUGGGCUCGUGCCUCUCCUGCAGGAGCACCUGCUCCUCUUGAUGCCUCUAGCGCUCCCGCUGCCGCUCAGCUGAUCUACGCUGCUGCUCCCUCUGCUGCUUCUCCCUGGACUCGUGCCUCCCCUGCAGAAGCACCUGCCAUUUUUGAUGCCUCCAGUGCCCCUGCCAGCUCACAGCUGAUCUACGCUGUCCCUGCUUCAGCUGCUUCUCCCUGGGCUCGUGCCUCUCCUGCAGGAGCACCAGCUGCUGUUGAUGUCUCUAGCGCUCCCGCUACCACUCAGCUGAUCUACGCUGCUGCUCCCUCAGCUUCUUCCCCAUGGGCUCGUGUCUCCACUGCAGGAGCACCAGCUGCUGUUGAUGCCUCUAGAGCUCCCGCUAUCGCUCAGCUGAUCUACGCUGCUGCUCCCUCAGCUGCUUCCCCAUGGGCUCGUGUCUCCACUGCUGGAGCACCUGCUUCUGUUGAUGCCUCUAGCGCUCCCGCCACCACUCAGCUGAUCUACGCUGCUGCUCCCUCUGCCGCUUCUCCUUGGGCUCGUGCCUCCCCUGCAGGAGCACCAGCUGCUCUUGAUGCCUCUAGCACUCCCGCUACCGCUCAGCUGAUCUACGUUGCUGCUCCCUCUGCUGCUUCUCCCUGGGCACGUUCAUCUCCUGCUCAAGCACCAGUAGCCUACACUCCAUUUAGUGUUCCCGCUGCUUUUCAGCCAAUCUACGUUUCAUCCUCUGCGGCAGUUUCAGGUGCUGCUCCCUUAGUGCGUUUAACUUCCCCCUUCGUUGAAGUUCCUUCAUCUGUCACUCCUCAAUCACAAAGUGCCUUUCCUGAAGGUUUUGUAGUUUUGCGAUCCCCCUUUGGUACUCCAGUGUCCUUUACUGUGGGUUCAGCCGCUUUCCCCAGUCUACUAAGUAAUUCUGCACCUUCCGCUGACAACAUCGUGGCUCCCUCCCCUUCUAAUGCUGCUCCAGCUAAAGCUAUACCUUCCCCCACUGCAAACAUUGCUACUCCAGCUAGUGCCGAAUCUGUUGAGUCAAGUGAAGUCAAAACUGCCCCCUUCGUUCCUGCUAUGGUCCAUUCAUCUGCUUCAGCCCCUUCGUCUGCCUCAGCCCCUCUAUCUGCUUCCUUCGCCUCUGCACCGGCCCCUUCAUCUGCUUCAGCCCCCGCACAAAAGUCCUCCGCACCUGUUAACGUUUCUGCACCACCUCCACCGCCCAAAGAUUCUAAUUAG